AUGGCGACCUCAACAGGCCGGCCGCUCGAAACCUUCGAAGACGGCCGGCCGCGCUUUAACGGCUGUUCACGUAUCCAACAGUACGACUACAUAGGCAAAUUGGGCGAGGGCACCUUCGGCGAGGUCUCGAAAGCCAAGUCGAAGAAGACCGGUCAGAUCGUGGCGCUGAAGAAGAUAUUAAUGCAUAAUGAAAAAGAUGGCUUUCCGAUCACGGCUUUGCGCGAGAUCAAACUGCUAAAGCAGCUCAAGCACAUCAAUAUUCUGACGUUGGUCGAGAUGGCCGUUGAGCGGCCCAAGAACCCCGCGAAGAAAACAAGCAUGUUCAUGGUCACGCCGUACAUGGACCACGAUCUGUCUGGCCUGCUGGAGAAUCCGAAUGUGCACUUCACCGAGCCACAGAUCAAGUGCUACAUGAAGCAGCUCUUAGAAGGAUGCGCAUAUCUGCACGAAAAUCGGAUCUUACAUCGAGAUAUGAAGGCGGCUAAUCUACUCAUCAACAACAAGGGCAUCUUGCAGAUUGCCGAUUUCGGUCUAGCAAGACCUUACGACGAUGAGCCGCCCAAGGCUGGACAAGGCGGCGGCGAGGCGACACGAGAGUAUACAUGUUUGGUGGUGACGAGGUGGUACAGGCCACCAGAAUUGCUGCUUCAGCUACGAAAGUACACUACCGCCAUCGAUAUGUGGGGUGUCGGGUGUGUCUUUGGCGAAAUGUUCAAAGGCAAACCAAUCCUCGCUGGCAGCAGCGAUCUGAACCAAGCGCAUCUCAUAUUUGGCCUCGUUGGUGGUCCGACCGACGAAUCCAUGCCCGGCUGGCGCGAGUUACCUGGUGUGGACGGUAAUCUCGACUUCAAGCCAAGGCAGGCAACGCUGCGACACGAGUUCCGUGAAUGCCGACCUCAAGCAAUAUCACUCCUAGAAGAACUCUUACGACUCGACUGGAGAAAGCGGAUUAACGCAAUCGACGCCCUCGAACAUCCUUACUUCCACACAGAUCCCCUACCAGCCAAGCCCGGCGACCUUCCAACCUUCGAAGAUUCACACGAGCUCGACCGCAGGAAAUUUCGAGAUCAGAAGAACAAGCCUCCACCCGCUCCAGCAGGUGGAUCAGUCGGCGUUGGCCCUCACGGCGAAUGGGGCAUCAAUGGCAGACCGCUUCCUCCGGAUCAAAGAGAGGUCCGGAUCGUCGAGAUCGUGGCCCAUACCCCCCAGCCGACUACCGCCAUGGUCCGCGAGAUCCUCGAGACGGGCCGCCUCGUGAUCCUCCCAGACCGUAUCAGCAAGACUAUAGCCGGCGACCACCACCGCCGCCAGCAGACGGCCUCCCGCCACGCCCGACCCCAGGUCGCCGUCGAGCCAUACCGAGAGCCGUACCGUCAAGGCCCACCGCCCUACAGAGAUGACGAUCGUGCGGCCCACGUCCUCGAGGACCUCCGCCGGACCGCCGUGGUCCUCCAGCAGUCGAUACUUUCGUCCCAGAUUACUCUAAUGCCGAUCCCAAACGACGGCCAUAUGACCGAGACCCAAACCCAUACCCACCUGCGCGGAGAGGGUCUCGAGACUACGACGACCCAGUCCGGUACGAUGAUGGCCCACCUCGGUACAACGGACCUCCUCCGCGGCAUCCACCACGCGACUACGACGACCCACCGCUGCGCUACGACGACCGAGAGCCACCUCCUCGAAGAAGAGGGUCAGGCGAUCUCAGAUACGAUGACAGAGGUCCCCCAAUACACCGCGACGACUUGCCGCCAUCGAGGGGACGAGAUGGUCCUCCAUCAGACGGGCUGCCCUACGAUGCACGGGACAGAGACCGCGACGCAGCCGCAGUCCGCCGCCGCCUAUGCGGCGGGAUUGGGAUCGGGGCCCGCCUAG